AUCCAUUAAUUUACUGGUUAAGCCCUUUCCGUGGAUUCCUUCCUUCCUUCCCUCCUUCCACUGAAAGGAGGAAGCACUGAAGUUGCAGUCAUGGACAAGAUUGCGGCUAAGACGAGUUUGAUCAAUACGGUGUUUUCUUGGUCUUUACAAGAUGUCCUCAAUAAAAAUCUUUACAAAAGCCAGGUCUGCAUCCUUUCUAAUUGCCUCACUUUUGCUUGCCGCAGUGUGAAAUAUGGCUCUACGACAUUGCAUGGUGCAGGAGAAUUUGAUUUGUUGGUUAUUGAUGAAGCUGCUCAGCUGAAAGAAUGUGAGUCGACAAUUCCCUUGCAACUUCCAGGCCUCCGCCAUGCUAUUCUCAUUGGAGAUGAGCUUCAGCUGCCUGCAAUGGUCCACAGCAAGAUUGCUGAGAAGGCUGAAUUUGGUAGAAGUUUGUUUGAAAGGCUUGUCUUACUGGGACAAAAGAAACACUUACUAAAUAUCCAAUAUCGGAUGCAUCCAUCUAUAAGCUUAUUUCCAAAUAGAGAAUUCUAUAAUAAUAAGAUUGUGGAUGCCCCAACAGUGAAAGAUAGAAGCUACGUGAAGCACUUCCUUGGAGGAAACAUGUAUGGUCCUUACUCUUUUAUCAAUGUAACCUAUGGAAAGGAGCAAUUUGACAAUGGACAUAGCCCAAAGAAUAUGGUUGAAGUUGCUGUUGUGUGUGAGAUUGUUGCAAACCUUUUCAAAGAGUUCACCCUCAAGAAACAGAAAUUGAGUGUAGGUGUCAUCUCACCCUACAAUGCUCAAGUUCAUGAAAUUGAAAAGAAACUUGGAAAGAAAUAUGCCAGAAGUGUAGAUUCUGGCUUCUCCAUUAGUGUUCGCUCUGUUGAUGGAUUUCAAGGGGGCGAGGAGGAUGUGAUUAUCAUCUCAACAGUCAGGUCUAAUGGGAAUGGAUCAGUGGGUUUUCUAUCGAAUCGCCGAAGAGCAAAUGUUGCGCUGACCCGUGCAAGGCAUUGCUGCUGGAUAGUGGGGAAUGAAGCUACACUGCUUAAGAGUGGCUCUAUUUGGAAGAAAUUGGUCACUGAUGCAAAGGAGCGGAAAUGUUUCUACAAUGCUGAUGAAGACAAGAGACUGACUAAGGCAAUGACCCCUGCUUCGAUCAAGCAUGAACAGUCACUGUCAAAAUCAUUCACAUCACUCAGAAUCACUGAUGAAACAUGAGCUUUUUACUUCCACUUUUUAGGAAAUGUUGAAGCCAAAAAUGAAGAUUAGUUAAGCUAUUGGAUGGAAGACAGUAUGGUAAUUGGCUUAAUGGCUUUGGAGGUAAUUGAGUCGUUCUACCCUCAAGAACAUGAUGAGAAGCGUUUUGACAUCUUUAGAAGUAUAUAAUCAGUAAUGAACCCUUAAAUAGAAGAAGAUGUACUUUGGAUUGGCGUAGUACAUGCUUGAUUAUCGAUAGAACUUCUAUGCACCCUGUUAUGUGUGUGUAAUAUGGGUUUUGGACGCCCUGAGGCCUACAAAUUGAAAAUCAUAGAAUGGGUGUUUGAGAGUGCUGGAGUUUGUAUGGAAACACUUGGUGAAGCUGGGAUUUGAUCUAAAG